GCGGCCAAAUUAAAUUUUGUUGUUGUCGUUGCUUACUGCACUUGUGGGCCUGUAUAAUAAGGUCUUCCAAAAUAGUCACCUGUUUACUAUAUGCUUAUAAGGUUUCCAUUGUGGAGAUCUUUCGAGUAAAAAGGAGGGAAAUAUUUAAACAAAAUAAGAUAUUUGGCAUUUUGCUUUUACUAUUUUUAUAAAUUUGUAUUCCUGAUAAUCAGUUGGAUUGUACUCUUGUUUAAAAAGAUAAGAAAAUGGAAGAUUAUAGAAGUAAACAUAAGACCAUACAAAGUGCAGCUCACCAUAUCGCUUUAGAUUGUAUACAUCCGCAGUUAUCAAGCAGCUGCAAAAUAAGUGGGUAUCACGAAACAAAAUUUAACUAUGUGAUUUUUUUAUCCAUGUCUGUACUAUUGGAUUGCACAGUCUACACAUGGCUCACCCUAUCAUGUACAUCCUUACCCCUCUCCAGUCCGUCUGCAACAUGCUUUUCAGGCACAACAAAGUCCACAGAUGUUUCAUCCAAAAGGAUUGAAACCAUGCAUUGAUCCCAAAGCAUUUUUGACUCCAAGUGAUAGUCCAAUAUUGGGACGGGCCCUUUGUCUCACUCCACGAGGCAGUCCUCUACCUGGUUGUGUAUCACAUCUCAAUGAAAAGUUUCAAGAUUCAUUAACUCUUAAUUCUGAUACAGAAGCACUAGUUGCAAAAAUCAGUGCCAUGUUUCCAACAGUCAGUGAAACACAUAUUAAAAUUUUAUUAAAAAAGUAUUAUAAUCGAGAAGCUGUAGUCAUCAGUGCUUUGCAAGUAGAGAAACAUCCAAUUACAACACCUGGCCCGCUGACCAUGUCUCCGUCUUCCACACGCUUAACUAAAGGUGCCAUGGGUGUGUAUUCAGCACUGCAACUCGCUAAAGGGGUAUCUGGUUCAUUGCACAGUGCUAAUCACUUUACUCCACUCACUGGAACCCCCCAGGGUUCACCACAACUACUUCGGCCAGGCUCCUGUGCUUCUAGUUAUUAUGGAACAACAAAAUCUGAUCAAGCGCCAAGACAUCAAUCACCUAAAAUGAAACUCAAGUAUUUAAAAAGUGUUUUUCCUAAGGCUGAGGAAACUUUAAUCCUUGAUGUUCUUGCUAACAAAGAUAAUAAUGUACAAAAGGCAAGUGAAGAACUUAUUUCCAUGGGUUUCUCUAAAAAAGAGACAGUUUUCAUACAGCAAAAAAAGAAAGAAAAAACCACACCACAGCCACCUAAGAAAGUAGUCACAAUAGUGAAAUCAAUAGAGGAGAAAAAAGAAUUAAAGGAGAAACUCCAAAAAAAAUACUACAAUAAAGUAGCUGAGAAAGUUGUAACUAUAGCAUUAGAGAGUGUUGAUUACAAUGAGGAAAGGGCAGAACAAAUCUUAGCAGCUGUUGUUCAAGAAGAGGAAACACCUAAAGUUGCCCAAAAAACCGAAGUGAAAGAUAUGAGAUGUCCAAAUAAUGUUGUUGUUAUUAAAGACAUGGCCAAUCUCGGUAUCACAUCACCCAUUAGUUCGCCGAGCCCGCAGCGAGCUCCGAGUCCACCGCCACCACGCCGUCUCAAGAUCUGGACUGAACAUUUGAAACCAAUUUUGAAGCCAAGCCAAAACAACGAGAGUAAAUUUAAAUCUCAAUACACCAUUACUACCAAUGGACCAAAUGCUGCUCUGCGACAGGGGCCGAAGGACAGUCUACUUCUGGAGGAUUAUAUGACUUGGAAUGGCCCUAACCCUGAACUGAGAUGCGGACCGGGAGCGAAGCAAGACGGUCCAGAUACAAAGAGCAGUGCUGCGUCUAUGGCGAGAGGAGCGGCGGGACUAGCUAAGGGACCAGCGGGUAUUGCUAAAGGAUCCAUAUAUCAAAAGAUUAAGAAUAAAACGGCCAAAGUUUUGAAUCUCCUGAAAAUUUAAGAAAAUCGAAUUUUGAAAUCCAGUAUCAGCAAUAAAAUAGUGGUGAUUUAUUAUUUAUAUAUUUUUUUGUUGGAACUUAGUUGAGUUUUUACAUUUGGAAUACUUUAGUUUUGACGAGUUUUUCUGAUAACUCACUUAUUGAUUUAAACAAAAACACGUUUGACUUACCUCAGUGGUUCAUUGUUAUCUUCUAUGUAAAAUAACACAUACAAGGUGUGAUAGAUCUCAGUUUUAUUUGUUGUAAUAAUAUUUCUUUAACCAGCUUUAAAUAGUGUUUAAGUUUUUAUAAUGUUACGUUUAUGUGUAUUUAGACAUACAGUUUUGUUCUUAAACUGUUGAUAGCGUUUAUAUCAUGUAAUUAGAAUGAUAUUUCUGUGCCAAUUUUUAUAUUAAAAAUUUUGAUGUGUUAUUUUGAUCUUUUCACUUGCAACAGUUUUAGUGGUAUAUAUAGAUAAAUGUGAAUUAGAAAAUAACUUGUCUUUAUAGAUUAAUUAUAUCUAUUUUGUUUAUAAAUAGUUUUAAAUGUUAAGAAGCUAAUUGAAUAAUGUUGCAAAUGUCAGUCAUUGACAAUGAAGGUGGCUCUAAUUUAUUUUUACCUCACGUUCUUCCGAUGUCUUGUAUAGAAGAAGUAAAUCUUUCCAAUUAUCAACGAAACUAGCCUUAGAAUAUCAACUAAAUUAACGUCUGAUGAUCUUAAACAUUCCAUUUCGUAUAGUUUUGGAGUAUAGAAAAACUAAAUUUUAUAAUUUUUAUGUAGUACCUAGUCAUUGUUAAUAUAUUUUCAUCUAGAUUAUGUUAUAAAGCUAUUUUUAUAAAUUGUAAAACGUUUUAACUUAUUAAUAUGUUUUAACUUAAUUCAAAUUUUGUACAUUCAAAGUCAGUGUUAAGAAAACAUUCUUCCGGUAAUAUAUCGAUCUUAUAGUGAUGUGUUGAUGCCAAAUGAUGAAAUGGAGUUAUAAUUAUUUUACUACAAAAAUAUAUACGACAUAAUUCAUUUAGUAUAAGAUUAGUUAUUAAUUGAAGCUCAAUAUCUAGUCAGCAAUGUAGUCAAUUAGGAUUUAUUUAGCUUAAAGAACAUAU